AUGUCGGCGACGUGCGCGGCGGACCUGGGGCCGCUGCUGGGGGCGGCGGCGGCGAACGCCACGGACUACCUGUGCAACAGGUUCGCCGACACCACGUCCGCGGUGGACUCCACCUACCUGCUCUUCUCGGCCUACCUCGUCUUCGCCAUGCAGCUCGGCUUCGCCAUGCUCUGCGCCGGCUCCGUCCGGGCCAAGAACACCAUGAACAUCAUGCUCACCAACGUGCUCGACGCCGCCGCCGGCGCGCUCUUCUACUACCUCUUCGGCUUCGCCUUCGCCUUCGGGACGCCGUCGAACGGCUUCAUCGGGAAGCACUUCUUCGGCCUCAAGGACAUGCCGCAGACCGGCUUCGACUACAGCUUCUUCCUCUUCCAGUGGGCCUUCGCCAUCGCCGCCGCCGGCAUCACCUCCGGCUCCAUCGCCGAGAGGACGCAGUUCGUCGCGUAUCUCAUCUACUCGGCCUUCCUUACGGGAUUCGUCUACCCGGUCGUGUCCCACUGGAUCUGGUCCGUCGACGGCUGGGCCUCCGCGGCCCGCACGUCCGGCCCGCUGCUCUUCAAGUCCGGCGUGAUCGACUUCGCCGGCUCCGGCGUCGUGCACAUGGUCGGCGGCAUCGCCGGCUUCUGGGGCGCGCUCAUCGAGGGCCCCCGCAUCGGCCGGUUCGACCACGCCGGCCGCUCGGUGGCGCUCAAGGGCCACAGCGCGUCGCUCGUCGUGCUGGGGACCUUCCUGCUCUGGUUCGGCUGGUACGGGUUCAACCCGGGGUCCUUCGUCACCAUCCUCAAGUCGUACGGCCCGCCCGGGAGCAUCAACGGGCAGUGGUCGGGCGUGGGCCGCACCGCCGUGACGACGACGCUGGCGGGCAGCGUGGCGGCGCUCACGACGCUGUUCGGGAAGCGGCUCCAGACGGGGCACUGGAACGUGGUGGACGUCUGCAACGGCCUGCUCGGCGGGUUCGCGGCCAUCACCGCCGGGUGCAGCGUGGUCGACCCGUGGGCCGCCGUCAUCUGCGGCUUCGUCUCCGCCUGGGUGCUCAUCGGGCUCAACGCGCUCGCCGGCCGCCUCAAGUACGACGACCCGCUGGAGGCGGCGCAGCUGCACGGCGGCUGCGGCGCGUGGGGGAUCAUCUUCACGGCGCUGUUCGCCAAGAAGCAGUACGUGGAGGAGAUCUACGGCGCCGGCAGGCCGUACGGGCUGUUCCUGGGCGGCGGCGGGCGGCUGCUGGCGGCGCACAUCGUGCAGAUCCUCGUCAUCGCCGGCUUCGUGAGCUGCACCAUGGGCCCGCUCUUCUUGGCGCUCAAGAAGCUGGGCCUGCUCCGCAUCUCGGCCGAGGACGAGAUGGCCGGCAUGGACCUGACCCGGCACGGUGGGUUCGCCUACGUCUACCACGACGACGACGAGCACGACAAGUCGGUCGGCGGCUUCAUGCUCAGGUCGGCGCAGACCCGCGUCGAGCCGGCGGCGGCGGCGAACAGCCAGGUCUAA